ACUCAGGCCUAGAAAAGAAUCGAUUUGAGAAGCCGAACGAAGCGAGAAUAAGACGCACGGACAGCGUCGCGCAGGGUCCAUCUGAGGUCAAAAUGAUCUCAUCCAUCAAAUAUCACGCCUGCUUCACUAUUUUUCCACUGAUGACUCUCUUGAGUAGCCAAAUAGGGGUUGUUAUGUUGAGACAUUACGUCGUCCAUUGUCAAGAUGAUGUGUGCUUGUCUCUCACUGACUUACGUGAACCAUCGGCGAUUUGGGACUUCAUCCUCAUGUCCUUCGGUACGUUGAAGUGGAGUUGGUCAGCGAUGCUUCACGUCAUCUUGUUUUUUUGCUAUGCGGGUGCCUCGACCGUUCUGCUCGGAGGAGAAGAAUACAACGGGCCUCGCACUGAGAACGGUUUCGUUCCUAAGUAUUACGCGAAUGGCUUCAGGUACUACCUGCUAACAACGACUAUGACGCUGGCCAGCCUGCUCUCGGGGCAAGUCUCGGCAUGGAGCCUUGUGGUAUCGCUGGAUUACUAUCAGAGUGCAAUGCUGGCGUCCGGAUUCGCGAUUUGUGUUUUCCUGCUGAUAAAAGGAUAUCUAUUCCCCGGUGAAUCCGAUCACGGAGCUACAGGCAACAUCAUCUUCGAUUUCUAUUGGGGGACAGAAUUGUAUCCCAGAAUAGGGAAGAGUAUCGACAUCAAACAGGUGACGAACUGCCGGUUCGGAAUGAUGCUGUGGCAGGUCGCAGUUUUGGUUUUCACGUUCGCGCACUUUGAGAAGUACGGCUUCAGCUACGCUAUGUUGGCAUCUGCCGUGCUCCAGAGCGUCUACAUCACCAAAUUCUUCUGGUGGGAAGAUGGCUACAUGCAGUCUAUUGACAUCAUCGUUGACAGAGCAGGCUACAUGCUUUGCUGGGGCUGUAUCUGCUUCGUCCCGUUUUUCUACUCGCUCCCAUCACUAGCCCUUCUCGGGCGAACGCCGCCGAUGACGGCGACUACAUUCCUAACUAUUGUCAGUUUCGGCCUCCUCUGGAUUUUCCUGAACUAUUGGUGUGACUAUCAGCGACAACUCGCCCGGAAAACCGACGGAAAAUGUACUAUUUGGUUCCGGCCAGUUAAAGUCCUCCGCGCCAAAUAUAUCGACAGCGAGGGUCAGCCGCGGCAGUCUCUACUCCUCGCUUCGGGAUUCUGGUCUCUGAGCCGGCAUUGCAACUAUGUCUUCGAAGUGCUGGCAGCGUUAUUCUGGACUCUGCCUGUGGGCUAUGCGGUCGUUCCGUAUGCAUACGUGACCUUCCUCGCGGUUCUCUUGGUACAUCGCUCGUUUAGAGAUGAGCAGAAGUGCGGGAUGAAGUAUGGAAAAUACUGGGAAGAGUACCGUCGGGCAGUUAAAUACCAGAUCGUUCCCUUCAUCUGGUAAGCACGACAGGGGGCUCCCACGCUCCUCGAAGGAAUCUCUAAUCGACCAAGGACGAUGCAUUCGUCAGAUAGAAUUUUUCUGUUGUUAGAAGCACGCUUACGCGUGACUCCCUUCAAAGUCGGGUCGGGAUGCGCGGCUUCGGCCAUCAGUGGUGGGCCAUGACGGACUCGCGCGGGUGAAGGUCCCAUCGCUGAUAAUUAAUCAUCGCUUAUGGGCGGAAUGUAUGUACAUAAGCAUAUCUGAAGAAGAUGAAAAGCUAGUCAUGAUGAGCCUCUCUCGAUGGCGGAGACAGCCGGAUAAAGAGAAAGGUUUUCAGGUGAUAGAAAAAACUGUCUAUCGAUGUAAAUAUAAAGGAACUUUCACCAAUGUUUGCUUGAUCAAUGUCUCGCGACGAAAUUAAAGAUACGUUGAAAUCAAAUAA